AUGUCGAAUUUGUACGGUGAUUACAACCAGAAGAUUGAUUACGUAUUCAAGGUGGUGUUGAUCGGAGACUCUGCAGUUGGCAAAACUCAAUUGCUCGCGCGCUUUUCUAGAAACGAAUUCAACGUCGAUUCCAAGGCAACAAUUGGUGUUGAAUUUCAGACUAAAACUCUCAUCAUUGAUAACAAAACCAUCAAGGCUCAGAUAUGGGAUACCGCUGGCCAAGAAAGGUACAGGGCAGUUACUAGUGCAUACUAUCGAGGUGCUGUUGGAGCAAUGUUAGUUUAUGACAUGACCAAGCGUCAAUCGUUUGAUCACAUGGCUAGGUGGUUAGAAGAAUUGAGAGGGCAUGCCGACCAAAAUAUUGUUAUCAUGCUAAUUGGCAACAAGUGUGAUUUGGCAACUCUUAGAGCUGUGCCAACAGAGGAUGCAGAGGAGUUUGCACAAAGAGAGAACCUAUUCUUUAUGGAGACAUCAGCACUUGAGUCCACUAAUGUUGAAACUUGCUUUCUGACUAUUCUAACUGAGAUAUACCGAAUUAAUGGUAAGAAAACACUCACUGCUAAUGAUGGUUCAAAUUCCACUGCUGGGCUUCUCAAGGGAAGCAGGAUAAUUGUUCCUAGCCAGGAGAUGGGUGCAAAGAAGGGUGGUUGUUGUUUUUCCUCCUAG